UGGCGACGAGCGGUGUGCAGCUGACUUGUGCCCUGCGCAGACAUGAACGUCUCCUCUGCCGAAUCCCCCUCCACUGCCCCAGGACAGAGUGUGAGCACAUGACUAGGAAAAGAAAAUUUCUUCUUGCUUCUGUACUCGCCCUCCAGAAUUCAAAUUUUAUAUAUCCAUCAUGUCAAAAGUGCCUCUCUCGGAUCAUCGUAGUCUCCAAAAGAUCUAAUUGUCCAAAAUGUGGCUCUACUGGGGAAGCUGAAAAUACUAAUUAUAGAUAUAAACUUUCCUUAAAAGUUACAGAGUCAAACAGACUAUUUGGCAUUACUGUCUUUGGAAGCUGUUUAGAUGCAUUUUUUGGUCUUCCUGCCACUGGUUUGUACAGGUAUAUUGAAGAUCCUAAUGAAAUUCCAGAAACAUUGGACAGUGACACAGCUCAGAACCUGUUAACUAAAGCAGUUGAAACUUGUUUUCUUGGACAAAGCUUUAUUUUUGGAGUGACGAAUUUCAGAAACCAACAUUUGGAUUCCAGGAAGUUCAUACCUGACCACAAAAGACAAGUUCAAGCACUAGUAGCUUCCCAGAUUGUUCUGCCAGACCCAAGUGUUGCAGGCUUCACUGUCCUUGACUACUUCCAUCAGCUCCUGCAGACUUCCAAUGCAGGGAAGCUUCACCAGGGCACCCAGGCAAACAGCUGUGUGCCUGCUUCUGGUCACUCAGAGAGUGACCUCAGCAGCAUAUGUGGUUCUGACAACAGCACCUCCUUUCUGGAGUCCUGUGGCAGGGAUGCCUGUCUGCAAUGCUGGCAGCCGUGCCUUGAACUCCCUUGCAGUGUGUCACACCCGACAGAUGAUGAGGGCUUUUCCGCUUCAGAACAGUGCGGGGCCAUUGGUGGUCUUCACCAGAACGGACGGUGUAUCUCCUUUGCAGAGGUCCCUGGUUCCAAUGGCGACCAGGAUGCCCUUCAGCAUUCACGGAGCCUUGGUUCAUGUGUGGAUAAAAAGAGUGACGCAGAAAAGCCAGGUGACAAAGUUGGCUUACAAGCUAAUCAAGGUGAUGCAGUUUAUAGUAAUCAUCAUGAAAUUGGAGUUACUGACUCUGAUUUAUUCCCUAUGAAAAUGCAAGAGCUCCUUGAGCGGAGCAAUAUAAAAUCCCCCCGUAGCGCAGUGGAAAUUAAAAAUAAGUCUUCCCAGCCUGAGCUAACAGCAGGUCACCAGCAUGAUGAUGGAGAUAUCCCUUGUGGCCUCCAAGAGAGCGCUGCGUGUGCGUCACCACCACGCAGACUAGAAGAGAUAGCUAGUGUUUCCCAGGAUUGGGACCCUGAGGUGUGGGAUGAGCUGCCAUUCUCUGAAAGCCUGGACAAGUUUCUGGCAGUUAUUGAAAGUGAUAUUACUAAAACUCCAAUAAAUACCAGUAGUAGGAACUAUAUAGAUAAUGGCCAUGAUAAAUUGCAUACAGACGACAUCAGGUUUUCUGUGACUCCCCAGAGAACCGCAACAGCCCUGCCGUCACCACUUACAGCUUUAAGAUCACUGCAAACAACAGCCAAAGCAGACUCCAGCAAAGACAGCUUCCAUUCCAGGUGUGAAGCAAAUCCAGGUCCUGGUGUUCCAAAGACGUCACAACCAGAUCACAUAGAGACUGUACGUGCUGAUAGAAGAGAGAUUUCUGAUUCUUUUCUACCAAAUGCUUAUCUGUCAGCUAUAUUUCCAUCUUCAGUAGAGCCCGAAACAAGCAUUCCUAAGAAAGCUAGCAUUUCACCCAAGCCCAGUGCUUCAGAGAACGGGCUUUCUUUUCUCAACCUCAAACACGCUAACGGAGAAAACUCACUUGCCGAAAGGAGAGAGAAGUUGACCGCUUUGAGUUCUUGGAAGUAUGAUGUUUCUGACCUGUGCAACUUGGAAAAGAAGAAGUAUUAUAGGUGGCCAGAGAGCCAAGAUGAUAGUCUUAAAAUUUGCAGGCAACUUAUAUAUCCUUUAGAGCCUGUUUGCAGCAGUACAAGUUCAAACACACCGAAAGAACUGCCUCAUGGACUGUUCAAUAACUUAACACAGAGUUACUCUUGUAACCUUGGACAUAGCUACAAUGCUUCUGCUGAUCUCUUUGAUGUUAGUGCUAAAGAAAUGGAAAUUGCGAGCCUGAUUACCAAAAGAUCACAGGAUAGUCAUUCACUGUGGGAACAGUCUUUGAAAGAAAGCCAUCAUGCCGAAUCAUAUUUUUCACUGAGAUCACUUUCUAAGAGCUCAAGCCAGUCACAAAAAUUAGCUCAAGCCUCACCAAACAUCUCUGCUGUGGCCUCAAGAACACACUCACCACCGGAUUUUCUGUCAGAUUCGGACUUUGAAUUGGAAGCGAGCCAAGACUUUGUUCCGUUUUCACAAUCCACUCCCAUUUCAAGAGUCCACCAAACAAGAAUUCAUGAAGUGAAAAGAGCUUUCGAAAGACUACCUGCCUUUUAUUCAGAUAUUGAUGCUAACUAUAAAAAAAGAAGGAUUUCUUCUGAAAUUGACACACAGCCAGGCACUCAAAAUGGUCCAAAACAUGAAAACGCAGCAAAACUCCAGAGAUCCCAAACUCCUGUGAGAUAUGGUGUUACACCACCCGUGUGUCUCGACGAUGGCCCUCUUGUUGCUGGCUGCUUUGAGCCCGCCGACAGUGACUGGGUGCCCCCCACCACAAAAAAAGGAUUUCUUUCAGAUAAGCUUAGAUUCUGCUUUGAGCCUGACGACAAUGACUGGGUGCCUCCCACCACAAAAAAAGGAUUUCUUUCAGAUAAGCUUAGAUUCCAAAGUGCGAGUCUAAGAAAGGGCCUGGCCACCUGUAAUUCCCCUUAUCAAGAAGAGUUAACAAGAAAGGAACUAAAACCUGUUCCCCAGAGAACAGAUACAUGUUUCAUUAAAGACUUAAAGAGUAAACUUCCAAUAGUUGCAACACAGAAAACUCCUAAUUAUGCCUGUAAACAUUCGGGCUGGACUUCAAGAGAGUCGGUCAUUUGUUCAAAAGUCAGGAGUUGCCUCCCAUUCUCAGAAAACCGACUUUCUUCAGUGCCUGAAACUAGUAAUAUUUGGUCUCCGGAAUUGUUUUCACAAAAAGUCACCUGAACACAAUCACUGAACCUCUUACCAUCAUCUCCAUCUAACUGGCUGGCCAUGCCAUCAGGACCAGAAUCCUGUGCAGGUUUGUGGCUGACCAGACUGCUUUCAACUGCUGAUCCUUGAAUCAAUAAAUAUCAUUGCACACAUAUGUUUGUGACAAA